GAGAUGUAGUUUCUAUUGGGCGUGUUCUAGUCAAACCUGUUUUUCUCCAUCAGCCUCUGGGCGGCACCUGACAGGAUCUUAUUACCGGAAGUUAGGUGUUUGUAGUCACCUGCGCUGAUUCUUUAGGUAACAAGAGGUGUUUACUCGAGCUGGAAACGUCGAAAUAAGUGAAAUAGGAGUCGGUGAAACGGAGACCAUUCGUUCUUUAUUCGACACAAAGAAGAUUUUUGCGUACUUUCGGCUUGUUUUACUCGAGAAUUUUUAAAGGAGAACGCCGUCGAAUAAUAAACAAGAAACCCGACAUGACUGUGAGAGGAGUCCUUUGGCUGCUUUUGUUCUCUGGCGCAGCAAUAGGUGUAAGUGGAUAUUCGGUCACUACUUCAAAGGCAAAUGUACGAGCGGAAGAGAACACAGGUGUGGAUUUGACAUGCUCAUUUUCAGGAGACUUUGGUUCAAACAUUUUACUUAGAUGGAAGUUUAAGGACCGAAAAGGCUCUCAGGUGUUUGUGGUUCACGAUGGGAAACCAACAGCGCCGUAUGCUGACCGUUUGAAUGUGUAUGGUGGUAGCAAUCUGAGAUUCUCCAAAGUCACUCGUAAAGAUACUGGAGUGUACACCUGUGAGAUAACCAGCGCUGACAAAACCCAAGUUGGGGAAACAGAAGUGACUCUGACUGUUCUGGUGCCUCCAUCUGUGCCAUUUUGUAAAGUCCCCUCAUCGGUAACAACGGGCAGCACAGCCAUCCUGUAUUGCAUUGAUGAAAGCGCUUCACCGCGCCCCACAUACAAGUGGUACAAAAACAACGUUCUUCUGCCUGAUAACCCUAGUAACGUUGCUGGCUUCAAAAACGCCACCUACAAGUUGAAUUCAACCAGUGGCGAACUGAAAUUUCCUGCUGCAGCCAAGACGGAUACAGCUGACUACUACUGUGAGUCUGUCAAUGAUGCUGGCCCUGCUCAGAAAUGUAGAGCUAUGAAGAUGGAAGUUCGCGACCUAAACACCGGAGGAAUUGUUGCUGGUGUAAUGGUGGCUCUGCUGCUUGUGGCCCUACUGAUAUUUGCCGUUUGGUUUGCCAAAAAGAAAGGAUAUCUGCCUGCAAAGAAAGAAAGCAGUUCAAAGAUGAACCAGUCUUACCAAGCAGCACCUAGUGGUGGUGGUGGUGAUGAUGCGGAUUUCACACAGAAGUCAUCAUUUGUGGUAUAGUGUACGAGCAGCAGUGGCGACAGCAAGCGCUCUGAGCGAGAUGUCUCUUAAGUGUGUGGUUUUCCAGGAGUUUGAAAGUUUGUACAAUGCAGUUUUUAUAGACCAUUGCAAUAUAUAUAUAUAUUUUUUUUUAACCUGAGCCAGCUACAGUAGUCUGUCAAAUGCAUCAACACGUGAGGUUCAUGCAGCAACACCCUACAGGAAAUAAGGAAAUAGAUAACUAAUGAACCUUGUACUGUAUCUAUCUUUACUGAAAUGAACUGUGGCCACUAGUGACCUAUUUUCAGCAGAGACCAAUUUUCUGCUCCUCACCGAUGUGUGCUUUUCUGUGUGCUUUUUAUCUUCUGUCUUAUGAAGAACAAGAUUUUAAAGAUAUGCGCUUACUUGUGAAAACAAGGUUAAUUAGAGUACCCCUACACCACUACCAGCAGCAGUAAAUGAAUAAAUAUAUUUAUUUGUUAUCUUUACAUUGAGGACAGACGUAUAUUGCUGCAUUUAUUAUAUUUGCUGUCCCAUCACAUUCAUUUCCGCUAGCACAACUCUCUUAUCGGUCUUUGUGGGUUAGCUGAAAUGUUAACAGAGCCUCAAUAUCACAGCCACGUUUUUAAAGGUGUUUCAUUUUUUUGUUUUUCCUGCUUUUGUUUGUUUUGGUUUUUUUUUUUUAAUUUCUUCUUUUUCCAACCACAGAUCUGAUGUAAUGUACAUGAUAAUUUUUUUCUCUUUCUUUGUAAAUAAAACUAAUUUUAAAAUUUGGAUAGCUUCUUGGGAUUAAAUGGUCACUCUUAUACCCCUUUCACUGCAGGAAAAUGGUUCAAUACUGUUUCCAAAUUCACAUAAUGACUUCAGUUUAUUUUAGAGGGUAUGUGUCUGCGUCUGUGCACCUUUGGCAACUAAAGUCAUGAACUGCUACAUUCCUUGUGAUGUUUGUGUGUGUGUGUGUGUGUGUGCGUGUGAGUGUGAGUGUGAGAGAAUAUGCCUUUCCUGCUUAGUAAAAAGGCUUCCACUUAUUUGGCAUAGAGCCUGUUUAGGAAGGGUGAGACUUAAUGCUGAGAGUGCGCAACCCUAAAGCAGUAUUAGCAGUAAGCUAGCACACCCACCGAUUUCACCAUGAUUCACACUGGAAAAACUUAACAUCCAUUUUAUUCCAACAAGGGACCGACUGUCAGGUCCCAACCAGUUUAUUUUUGGCUAGAAUGCUCUGAAGGCUUCAAGAUUAGGUGUACAGCCAGUACUGAACCGGUUUCCUGUUAGUGGAAAAGGGGUAAAAGUUUACUUUGUGAAUAGGAUUCAUGGAGAAGGUUGUAUGAAGUCAAUGCCUUGGAUCUACUUGCUUCUUACACAUUCAAUUUUCACACAACAUAUCUUAAUGAAAUGCUGUAUACCUCUGGACGCUAACAUUUAGAUAGUGGUGUGAUGAGAUCCAAGUAUAUAUUGAUGGCAUUCGAUAUUUAAGUGGAUGUUGUUUUGUCCUUUUUGUAUAAGUGUAUAAUUUUUCUGUGUGCUUAUUUAUAAUAAACUCUUUUAAAAUAGGUCUA